CCACGUCUCAGCCAGCAUGUCGGCCGGUGGCUUAGAGGCAGCGGUGGAACAGGAUCCGGUGGAAGUAACAGACGAGAAGUCAGAGGCUGAGGAGGAGCAAGAAGAGCCCGAAGAAGCGGCUCGCGGCAGCAGGAAGCGCGUGGUGCCGGGUAUCGUGUACCUGGGCCACGUCCCACCGCGCUUCCGACCCUUACACGUACGCAACCUCCUCAGCGCCUACGGGGAGGUCGGGCGCGUGUUCUUUCAGGCUGAAGACAGGUUUGUGAAGCGCAAGAAGAAGGCAGCAGCAACCUCAGGAGGAAAGAAAGGAUCGAAGUACAGCAAGGACUAUACUGAGGGCUGGGUGGAGUUCCGGGAUAAGCGCAUAGCCAAGCGAGUGGCUUUGAGUCUGCACAACACACCCAUGGGUGCCCGCAGGCGCAGCCCCUUCCGCUAUGACCUGUGGAACCUGAAGUAUUUGCACCGUUUUACUUGGUCCCACCUCAGUGAACACCUUGCCUUUGAGCGCCAGGUACGCAGGCAGCGUCUCAGAGCUGAGGUUGCCCAGGCCAAGCGUGAGACUGACUUCUAUCUUCAGAGUGUGGAGCGGGGACAACGCUUCCUUGCUACUGAUGGGGACCCUGCCCGCCCAGACAGUACCUGGACAUUUGCCCAGCGUCCCACAGAGCAAGAGCUAAGAGCCCGGAAAGCAGCACGGCCUGGAGGGCGUGAACGGGCUCGCCUGGCUGCUGCUCAGGACCAGGCCCGCUCCAACCGAGGGCUCCUUGCCAGGAUCUUUGGAGCCCCAGCACCAUCAGAGAACACAGAGAAGCCAUCACUGGUGAAGGACUCCUGAGGGGCAGGAAGGCCCCUUCCAUCUGGCCUUGUCCUACUUGCUGUGUACCUUAUGCUAGAGUCAGACUGACUUUGCAGGCGGACAUUGUCUGUCAGACCAGGAGUCUUUGAUGAGGACUCAGACAUAGAAGUUUUGUGGGACUCCCAUGUCCCUCUUGCUCAACCUCUAUAAGUGUCUGUCUGGGCACUUUAUUCAUACUAGUGUGAUUGUGACUGCUGCAGACGCCUUUUCCAUUUGUAUGACUUUUGGUUGCCUGUCUCUUAUCCAAUGAGGUCCUCUAAAAAUCCCAUGAUCUUGGUCCCAGGAGUGGCCUUUAUUUCCAACUAGAAUGAUAAUGGCCUACCAUUCUUAUCCUCUUUACUGACUCAGGUAAGAGCAGUAACAACAUAGUUUUUAUUUAGAAAACAUUAACAGAUAUAGGAGAUAAUGAGUUGGGAUUGGGUUGAGAACCUUGCUCCAAAUAUAUU